GACGAUGCCCGCAGACUGGGCGCCUGCCGCUGCGACACGGGGGGAGCGAGGCGCCGCUGUCGAGGAGCCACCGCGCGGCGCUCGCUGCGGUCGCCUGCCGAUGACGGAGGCGGCGUGGUGCGUGACGUCAUUUAGGGACGAUCCCUUACCGUGACGUGAGGGGCUGGAACAAGGUUUACAAAUUGCAGGCAAGCACGUGAAGCGUUCGUCAGUGUCUCCCAAAUGCCGCCACAGGCUUAACGGCACCAGCGAAGUCAGUGGUCUUCGAUGAUUUUCAGUAAGAAGUAAGAUGUAAUACCUCGGGUGAUAACAGGGGGGGGGCAUUUAAAAUGACUCGUCGAUAGAAUAAUUAUUAGCGUCAGAGCGAAUUGUGCACAUUUCAAUGGGGGUCAACUCCGUUCGCGUCAAGAUAGAAUCGAUCCGGACGAUUCGCAUCAAUCUGGAUCGAAUCGUCCUGGAUCGACUCCGCGCCGUCAGUGUGAGGGAGAUGCCCGCGGAGCCACCGCCGUGACGAGGAGGCGCCGGUGAGGAGAUCGGUGAGGAGAUUGGUGAGGAGAUUGCAAGGACCGGCCACUCAGCUCUUCCUUCACCAUCUUGGCCUUCUCGCUGUCUCCAGCCGACUAAUGACAGCACUUCUUCCCAUCACAAGAUUGCAGAGCCUUGAGGGCCUCCAUGGAGCACAAACCCGACAUAAGAUGCAACAUGGACGACGAGGAGACUGCCAUCAUGAGGGGCAUGUGGAUCCCCCUCGGGUUACCAUACAUUGGCAAGAACGGAGCUCCUCGCCCCAGCAUGUGCGAGUUAAUUUUUAGAAAAAUGGUCAGCCUGGGCACCCAGACAGAGUUUGCAGACGAAGCCCAGGCCAAACCAAGAACAUGGGCUAAUGCAGUAAGCCAGACAAUGGACAUUGCCUGGGCUAGCCCGAUUGGCCUGCCUAAAGGAACGUUACGGGAAGGCCCUUUUGACCUGGAUGAAGACAUUACUCGGGCUAGCCUGUGCUACCGGGGCAGAGAAGAGAUGGACACACCUCAAGGCUGCAACGUCGCCCUGAAAAAAGGCAUUGCAGAGGCUAGCCCCAUCGGAAUGGAAGGAAGCAUUGCCCGGACUCAUCCAGAUGGCAUGGAUAAUGAACAGGGGUACAUCGAAAAUGUUAUCCUGGACAAUCUAUCUCAGGAAGAGGGGUUUGUGGCCCUCUUGAAUGAGUUUGGAGAUAUCUCUGAAGGAAUAGAGCUGCUUGACCAGCAGCAAAACUGCACGAGACAAUGUCCCCCUGUCAAGAGAGGGUUCUUGUUAGAGGCGGAGCCGGAAACAGGACUGGACAAAGAGCAGAUGACACCUGCAGAUGACAGCAGUCACCAGGCAGGAAACAUCAUCUUGAAGAUGUGGAGGAUUUCUUCCGCUGGUGGCACAGCGGUGUUCGUGGAGGGUAUCCGAACGGACAGCAACGUGAUGUGGCACAGCAGUGGUAUUGUGCAGCGUCUGUCUGCGCGCCAACUCAAGACUAAGUCUGGUGCCAUCUACAGUCUCAAGGGUCCUCCAAACUUCCAUAACCGGGAGUCUUCUGUAUUUCCAAGUGCGGUUUACAGAAAGUUUAUGAAUGGAUUUCCAGACGACUGGGACAAGGUCCUGACUCAACACUUAGCAAUUCACAAAACAGAGGCGCGUGCGGCUCAGCCAUCAAAAAGGGGGGAACCUCCUGCCAACGACAAGGCACGGCAGCCAAAGACCGCCUCCUUAACCAAGCGCCGGCUUCCUGCAGCACCUUGCACAAGGAGCGGGCGGCACGUGAGGCCCCCACUGGACUACUGGAGGGGCGAGCACCUGAUCACGGACCCCAAGACGGGCAAGGUGCAUGUGACGGCCGGUGGGCACGACUACCUGCUGAGCCACACCAUCAUCACCCCGACCUGCAAAUAUCUGAGCGAGAUGGCGAAACCUGCUGAAGAUAUGACGGACACGUCUCUCACGAGGCCGAAACCAAGAAGCAUUAAGGCCCCGGCACGCCAGGUCAGCGAUCACGAUGGCACCACAAAGGGCUCCCACAAGCAUCAGCCGAUCGUACCAAAGCCAACAGCAAGAAGGUUGACUGAGGUCAAGUUGGCCUUGGAUGCACUGCUGCAAGACCUGAGCUCGGCCAACCAGACGGAGAGCCACACGGAGCAGACGGAGAGCCACACGGAGCAGACGGAGAGCCACACGGAGCAGACGGAGAGACACACGGAGCAGACGGAGAGCCACACGGAGCAGACGGAGAGCCACACGGAGCAGACGGAGAGCCACACGGAGCAGACGGAGAGCCACACGGAGCAGACGGAGAGCCACACGGAGCAGAUGGAGAGCCACACGGAGCAGACGGAGAGGGGUUCGCUGGGCGGUGCAGGGCCCACCAGUGGCGAGGUGGCCCGGAUGGACCAUAACAGAUUGAAACUUGUGCCAUAUAUAUCCCUCAAAAGAAUCAUCCUUCCAGACACACUGGGUGCGAUACAGAAUUUACCCAGUCCACCGGAUGCACAGACUCUGGAGUCUCCACAUCCUCGUGAGAACCAAGUUGCUCUCCAGCACAGCUCCAGGAAGCGUACGUUGACCUUCCAGGACCCCACGGAGCUCCUAACAGAGCUCCAGGAGUGCACAGAGGCAAUUGAUGAAGAAGAGUCAGCGAGCGAGAGCAUUGUGCGGAAGGCAAAGCGGCCCAGGAGGACGACCUCGGGCCCCACCGUGUCCACUGCCGCUACACCAACGAAGGAAGUGGGUGCCCAGAGUGAGCAGCAACGUGUGGAGUCAAAGAGGCACAGCCCGAGCAGACCAGCCUUGGAAAAGCCAUGCCAGAAACCUCGGAACCACGAGGCGACGGGGAAUGAGAGAGACCUGGGAUGGCCUCAGAGCAGCAGCUCUAGCAGCGACGAGUGCCUUUCUCGAAACAAGCGUCUCCGCACGCGGAGCGAGAGGGAAGCACUGCAUCUCAGCGCAGCCAAAAGGAGUGCUCUGGAGGCUGUCACCAAGGCAGCCAGGUUUCAGAAUCUACAGUUUUCGGAAUCUACAAAGACCGUGGGUGUGAAGCCAGGCAUGGUGAGCGCAUAUGGCACGGGCAGCAUUGGGGGCAAUCGUGCUGCUUGUGCGUGGCGUCCAUUACAGCUGCCCCUCAACAGUACAGAUUUACCCUUGAAUACGGCCACAGACUUCAUAUUUUCUGCAAUCACAGAGUCGGAGUACAACCGCCACCUCCGGUAUGCUGAGGGAGACCAUGACCUUUCUGACUGAGCAGUGGCACCGUUCUCCAAAUAUCAUCAAUGUGGCCUUAUUCAUUCAGCGUGUGCAACAUCCUUUGACCUGCUUUAGAUCAACAGGAGCCACCAGUGUUGGGCAAAAUUUUAGAUUCGCGGUUCAGACCAAGCCUCAAUUUUUAUU